GUUAUAUUGUAGGUUCUUGUCUCUUCACCAACCCAAUUUCUAAUUCUUCUCUUCAAUUCGAUCGGGGAUCGAUUUCCUAUGGCUGCCAAUACCAUUUCGCUUUCAAUCUCCUCCACCGUCACAUCCCAGAAGACUCUCCACUCCCUUCAAAAUCGCGGCGGCUUGAUUCCCCCACCAACCCUUUCCUUCCCAAAGUCGUCGUCUUCCACCACUAGGUCUCGUGUUCGAGCCGGUCCCAUCCAGCUGAUGAACGAACCUGCUAAACGCUCCAUGGCUACUACUCCUCCCACUAUCGUCGAGGUUGAUUUGGGUAACCGGAGUUAUCCCAUCUAUAUCGGCGCCGGCCUGCUCGAUCAAUCACAUCUUCUUCAAAGGCAUGUUCACGGAAAGAAAGUGCUUGUGGUAACUAACGAACGAGUUGCUCCUCUUUACCUGGACAAGACGAUACAUGCUUUGACUAUAGGAAAUCCAAACGUCACUGUGGAGUCUGUUAUUCUCCCUGAUGGAGAGAAAUACAAGGACAUGGAUACUCUUAUGAAAGUGUUCGAUAAGGCCAUUGAGUCUCGCCUUGAUCGACGAUCUACAUUUGUUGCCCUUGGUGGCGGUGUUAUUGGCGAUAUGUGUGGCUAUGCUGCUGCUUCUUACCUCCGUGGUGUUAACUUCAUCCAAAUCCCCACCACUGUUAUGUCACAGGUUGAUUCUUCCGUUGGUGGCAAAACAGGCAUCAAUCAUCGUCUUGGAAAGAAUAUGAUCGGCGCAUUUUACCAACCACAGUGUGUGCUUGUUGACACUGACACCUUGAACACACUGCCUGACAGGGAGAUGGCUUCAGGUCUUGCUGAAGUGGUCAAAUACGGGCUUAUCAGGGAUGCUGACUUCUUUGAGUGGCAGGAGAAGAACAUUGAGGCCCUGCUUGCUAGGGAUCCGGCUGCAUUAGCUUAUGCUAUUAAGCGAUCAUGUGAAAACAAGGCGGAUGUUGUGUCACAGGAUGAGAAAGAAAGCGGCUUGCGAGCUACCCUCAAUUUGGGUCAUACAUUUGGCCAUGCCAUAGAAACUGGCUUCGGGUAUGGAGAGUGGCUCCAUGGAGAAGCUGUUGCAGCUGGCACGGUAAUGGCAGUGGACAUGUCAUAUCGUCUUGGCUGGAUAGAUGACUCAAUCGUGGAGAGAGUGAACAGCAUCUUAAAACGAGCGAAAUUGCCUACAACACCCCCAGAGAGCAUGACCGUCAGCAUGUUCAAGUCCAUAAUGGCGGUUGACAAGAAAGUGGCAGAUGGACUGCUGAGGCUGAUUCUCCUGAAAGGCCCGCUGGGAAACUGCGUUUUCACGGGAGAUUAUGAUCGGGAGGCGUUGGAUGCUACGCUCCGUGCAUUCUCCAAAUCCUGAGAACUUUGUUCUUCUUCCCUCGAUUUUUGUUUGGUGUUGUUUUUGUUCAGAUAUGAAUAUGUAUCAUUGUAUACCCUACUUGUAACUAGCUUUUGUGGAAUGUGAUAGUAAUGAGGUUUUAAAAUAUAUAAUGAGGAGGUUCAGACAUAUUUGUAUGUAUAUGCUUCAACUCUUAAUCAAUUUGGAUACUUAGC